AUGUCUAAAUUACCUUGGAAAAAGUUAAUUGGACCAUAUGUACUAUUGCUAUGUGAGGCAAUAGGAACGACAAGUUUCUUUUCUUAUAUGGGAUACAUGAUUCUUUCCUUUGGAACUGUCACCGAUGAAGAAAAAGUUGGAUACUAUGCAGGUUAUGUUGCAUCUUCUUUUAGUUUGGCUCAAUUUGUUAGCAGUUUCUUUUGGGGAAGAAUGUCUGAUAUAUUUGGAAGAAAACCAAUUUUAUUGAUUGGAUCAACUGGAUCUGUUAUUUCAGUACUUGGAGUUGGAACGAGUUGGUCAUUGCCAAUGUUGAUUGUAUCACGUACCAUCAAUGGAGUAUUGAAUGGAAACAUUGGAGUCAUUAAAACAUAUAUCGGUGAAAUCACAGACAAGAGUAAUCAAAUCGAAGCAUUUGGAUGGAUUGGUUUGACAUGGGGUCUUGGAUCUAUUUUGGGUCCAAUGAUUGGUGGACUUUUAAUCAAGCCAGUCGAGAACUACCCGGCUCUAUUCAGUGGCAGCGUAUUAUUUUCAAAGUUUCCCUAUCUCUUGCCCAACCUUGUCAUUGCAGUUGCCACUGCCAUAGGUACCGUAUUCACAUUUGUUACAAUGAAAGAAACUCUAAGAUCAGCCAUUAAAAUGGAAGUAAUCAGUAACACAAGUCACAUUAAAACCAAAAGGAAUGGUAAAAAAUAUAAUCAAUUGGAUGAAGAUCAAGAAAUUGAUGAUCAAGAAGAUAAUAUCGAUGAAGAAAGAUUAGUUUCAAAUAACAAUAUUAAUAUUAAUAGUAGUAAUAAUAGUAUUAAUAGUAAUAAGAGUAAUAAGAGUAAUAAGAGUAAUAAGAGUAAUAAUAAUAAUAAUUCAAUAUUAAUAAUUGAUCAAAAUGGAAAUGAUAUUCAAGAAAUUAUGGAUGAUAGUCAUACUAUUCAUAAUGAUAAUCAUAAUGAAGAUAUAUCAUCAGAUGAAUCACCAAUUAUUUUGAAUAGUGGUGAAUCUACACCAAACAAUGAAAGAAGAGAUGGAGCAACCGAUGAAAAUGAUGAAAUUCCAUUGGUCGAUAGGGCAGAACAAGAAAUGAUGGAAAAGGAUGCUACUAUUACAUUUGGAGUGAAACAAUUGACUGACAGUACCGAUUCAUUGGACGACCAAGUUCAAGAGAUUGAUCAAGGUGUAACGAAAUAUGAAACCAAUGUAUUCAAAAACAAAUUGAUUAUUGCCACUUCAUCAUUGUAUGCGGCCAUUGGAUUUGUAUUUACCAUGUACGACGAGUCUUUUCCUCUAUGGGCAUUGUCACCGGUAUCCAAAGGUGGACUCAAGUUUUCGUCAUCACAAAUCGGUCUCUCUGGUAUGAUUGGUGGUAUCAGUGUCAUUUUCAUGCAAUUGGUCAUCAUCAAACCAUUCAUUAGACGAUUCGGAUUGGUUCAUACAUUCAAAUAUGGUCUCAUUCUUGCUAUUGCCACAUUUAUGGCUAUUCCUCUGUUAACUUAUCUCAGUCCAUACGGUGUCUAUGAUCAUAUAUCUGACAGUCAAAUGGACUCCUUGUCAUCACUGUCUACAUCAUCAGACUAUGUUGAACCACCAUCUAAAUCGAGUGUGGUAGGGUUCUGGAUUGUAACGGGUAUCCUUUUGUUUAUCAGAAAUGUCGCCGGUCAACUAGUAUUCACACCCGUCAUGACUCUUAUCAACAACAGUGCAACGUCGCGUUCCAAGGGAGCUGCCAAUGGACUAGGUCAGUCUGCUGUAGCCCUCACCAGAGCCAUCGCGCCAACCAUUGCGUCGGUCUGUCUUGCAUGGAGUCUUAGCUCUGGUCACCCAUUCCCCAUCAACCAUUACCUCAUCUUUAUCAUGAUGAGUUUGAUCUCUGUCGGACCAGUACUUUAUACUCAUUUCAAAAUCCCACUCUCUCUCAAUUAUCCAAUCGAAGAAGGUGAACAAAUUGGUGAAGAUAAAUUCGUUGCAAUCCAUGAAUAA